CAAACAUGAAACAUUGAAGCUCUUUGGACUAAUUUAGUGUAUAUUAAUCACAGUGUUUUAAACUUACUGUAUAUGUAUGUACUAGUUACUCUGUUUAAGUUCAUAUUUACGUUAUCAGCUAUCUGGCUUGUUAAGUUAGCCCAGCACUAGGCUAGUCGCUAAUGCUAAAUAGCUAGCUAGCUAACGUCCCCGAACAUGAGCUCACUAAACUACUCUUCCUCUGCUAAAGAAAAUGAGGUCUGCUGUCCGGAGAAAGAAACUCCAGGGCUGAACAUUUACGUGAAAGAAGAAGAAUUUACUGUAAAAGAAGAAGAAUUUACUGUAAAAGAAGAGGACGUGGAGGAAGCUAUCACAGUGAAAGAAGAACAGGACGUUACAGUGAAGGAAGAAGACGCUUCAAUAUUGAAAGAAGAAGAGGAUGUUAGAGUGAAAGAAGAGGAAGAAGCUUUCAGAGUGAAAGUGGAGGGGGAUGAACAGAAAGAGGAGGGUGCCGUGUUUGUAGUGAAAGAGGAGGAGGAGGUGACUGUCACAUUGAAAGAAGAGGAGCAACUUUUUGAAAUGAAGGAAGAGGGGGAGAUUACUGUCACAUUGGAGGAGGAGGAAGAAGACGAGACUGGAGCUCUGAUGAACACCAGAGAGAGACUAGACUUUCAUUCUGACAGCGGGAAGAGUCCUUCAGGGGAUCCAGACCCAGAGACGCCUAAACCAGCAAGACGACACCACUGCUCCCAGUGUGGAAAGAGUUUUCUAG